CGGAGAAAGAGUCUGGGGCGCGCGUGCGCAGCGGCGUGGGGAGGAGCAGGGAGGAGCAGGGACCUGGCAGCGGACUGGGAGGCUGCGAGCGAGCCGUGAACCGGACGGGCGGCGGGUGCGCGCACCAUGGGGGAGAAACCCGGGACUAGGGUCUUCAAGAAGUCGAGCCCUAACUGCAAGCUCACUGUGUACUUGGGCAAGCGGGACUUUGUAGAUCACCUGGACAAAGUGGAUCCCGUAGAUGGUGUGGUGCUUGUGGACCCUGACUACUUGAAGGACCGCAAAGUGUUUGUGACCCUCACCUGCGCCUUUCGCUAUGGCCGUGAAGACCUGGAUGUGCUGGGCUUGUCCUUCCGCAAAGACCUGUUCAUCGCCACCUACCAGGCCUUCCCCCCAACGUCCAACCCGCCCCGGCCCCCCACCCGCCUGCAGGACCGGCUGCUGAGGAAGCUGGGCCAGCAUGCCCACCCCUUUUUUUUCACAAUACCCCAGAAUCUGCCCUGCUCCGUCACCCUGCAGCCGGGCCCAGAGGACACAGGGAAGGCCUGUGGCGUAGACUUUGAGAUCCGAGCCUUCUGUGCCAAAUCACUAGAAGAGAAAAGCCAUAAAAGGAACUCUGUGCGGCUGGUGAUCCGAAAGGUGCAGUUUGCCCCAGAGAAACCCGGCCCCCAGCCUUCAGCUGAAACCACACGCCACUUCCUCAUGUCCGACCGGUCCCUGCACCUUGAGGCUUCCCUGGACAAGGAGCUGUACUACCACGGGGAGCCCCUCAGCGUCAAUGUUCACGUCACCAACAACUCCACCAAGACUAUCAAGAAGAUCAAAGUCUCUGUGAGACAGUAUGCCGACAUCUGCCUCUUCAGCACUGCCCAGUACAAGUGCCCUGUGGCGCAGAUCGAACAAGAUGACCAAGUAUCUCCCAGUUCCACGUUCUGCAAGGUGUACACGGUAACCCCGCUGCUCAGUGACAACCGGGAGAAGCGUGGCCUUGCCCUGGACGGGAAGCUCAAGCACGAGGACACCAACCUGGCUUCCAGCACCAUCGUGAAAGAGGGUGCCAACAAGGAGGUGCUGGGGAUCCUGGUGUCGUACAGGGUCAAGGUGAAGCUGGUGGUGGCCCGCGGUGGGGAUGUCUCAGUGGAGCUGCCUUUUGUUCUUAUGCACCCCAAGCCCCAUGACCACGUCACCCCCCCCAGACCUCAGUCAGCUACUCCUGAAACAGAUGCCCCUGUGGACACCAACCUCAUUGAAUUUGAUACCAAACGUUAAACGAUGAGGGAUGAACGAUUUCAACUUCCUACCUCCUACCAACAAACAAUGACAUCUAAACCAAUUCUCCGAGACAACCAAGGUUACGAUGCCUUCUCCAGUACAAAGCUAAUCCCUCCACCUGUGCUCACACUGCUCCCUUCCCAUUCCUCUCUCUUCGACCCCUGCCUCUCCCUACUGGUUCUUCCUCCAUGGUAAAUAAACCCAUGCAAGGCUCUUCUACUAAAGAAAGGAAGGGAGAAAGGGAGGGAGGGAUGAGGAAAGGUGGGAGAAAGAAAGGAAACCAAAGGAAAAACACUCCUCCACGCUUCAUUCUCUUUCACAGUAAAAUCUAUCUCUAUUUCCUCUCUUUUCAUUUUUAUUGUUUUUAUUUUCAAAGUUAUAUAUGCACAUAGUUUGAGGCUUCAGGUAGGGCUACAAGGUCUAUUACAAUAAAGAGUCGACCCUUCCCCCCUCCAAUUUCCUUCUCAGAUGCAACUACUUUCACCUCCUGUAGAUGUUUCUUUUAGUAUUUCCCUCCAUAUCUCUAAACAACACGUUCACUAAUUUUUGUUUUUAAGUACCAUCUACUGGCUUCCCUCCAUGUAAAGUGAAAACUGAGCUCCCUUUCUUCCCUCUGCCCCACCAUGGAUCACUUUCCAUCCUGCCCCUGCAUGCUAUACUCCCAAGAGAAUUAUAUCAGUUAGGGCUAGAUCAAUAUUCAUUAUUAGCUUAUGUAAUGUCAUUCAUAGCUGUCAUGUGAUAUCGAUCUAAUGCCUUUCUCUUCUUCCAUAACUUUAUUUU